GUCUCUCAAAAACUAUAUAUGGUUAUUGCUUUAAACUUUCUCAGAAACUAUUUAUGAUUAUUGCAUAUAACUUCCACAUAAGACGUUGGGCGUAUCAUGCGCUCAUGGCGCAGCUGUUUAUUACAGUUAUUGGUCAUGAAUGUACCCCAAUUACUACCCUCUUAAUAGUCGUUAUAGUAAUCUUAGAAACUAGAAAAUUGAGAUUUUAAUUUUGAAAGCAUAUUCCUUGUGUUAUUUCUGGCUAUAAACAUAGUUAAUGAAUUAUUUCAAAUCCAGUCUUUUAUAGGGCUUGAAAACACACAAAUGUAUAAUUUCCAAUAUCAGUCGGACAAGCUUAUUAAAAAGCUUAUAGUUCACCAUUUCAAGCAUUUAAAAGACAAGGAUCGAAGUCCUUUCCCGCGGGGUUUUCCACUUUCACUUUCGAUUCAACUUGGGAUCAUUCAACAAUAUCUAACUGUAUGUUUGUGGACAUAUUUUGUUAUAACAGAGUAAUGACAGGAACUUUUAUUACAAUCAGUGUGAACCUAUUUGUAUGUACCAAGAUUUCAUAACCGUCUUUUCAGUUGAUCCAAAAGAUUUAUCAUCAAAAUUACCAAGAAACAAUAUGCCAUUGAAAGACAUAUUCCAGAAGAAGAUAGAGAAUUCUUCAAGUUUCCUGUCUGAUGUUUGGAAACCGCGUUGUAACGAGGGAAAUAAUGGUCAUCAACAUCAAAUCACAGAAGAUAAUAUUGUGACAGAUCACGAUAAUAUCAGAGACGAUGGAAAACAUCAGUUAAGAACAACAAAGAACUGUCUACAGGUGCAAGAGGUGUUUGAAAAUAAUUGUGAUGACAAAGAGAAGAGAAGCAGUUCUUGUCGGUGUGGUAGAAGAAACUGUGCUAUAAAUAUAAUAGAUAGACUAAAAAGGGAAGAUAGACUUAAAAAUGAAGACCCUCCUGAAAAAAGAAUGAUCAAUGACUUUGAAAUGAUGAAAUCAUAUAAAGCAUCAGAAGAAAAAUUUCCAUUUCCUUUUUUUUCAUUAAUGUUUUUUGGAGGUAAAGGCGAUGAUAAACGUCCAUUUCCAUUAUCAUCUGAUGAAGACUCUCAUAAGACAAGAAAUAAAGAUUUUGAAUCAUCUCCUACAUUGAAAUUUUUAAAUGAAGCUUUUCCUGGCAUGUUUGACAAGAAAUCGAGACCAAUUGACCAAAAAGAAAAUGAGAAUACCAAGAAACAGAGCACAGAUUUAAAAUUCUCACCAAAACCAUCAAGACCACCUCCAAAACCACCAAGAAUGGUGUUUCAAUUAUCAAUUUCUCUUGAUGAAGAUGAGAAAAAUGAAAAUGAUGCAUCUUUGAAUACACAUGAAAAGUCAGAAAUUGAAAGUGUCGAUCAUUUGAACAAUGAUAAUUCUACUGAUGAAGUCAGAGACACAGGUAGUUUCGAUAGAGUCACUCCAGAUGUCAGAGACACAGGUAGUAUUGAUAGAGUCAUUCCAGAUGAAAAUAAAUUGAGCAUUUCUAUUGAUUUUAGUUCUCAUACGUCAUCAGAAAUUUCCGAACAAAAGAAGCCAGAUUGCAGUCAGUCACUUCCAACCCAGAGAACCACCAAGUCAAGUCUUGAUAAAGAUAGUAACCCAGGAUUAAGUCAGUCUUUCACUAGUGAUGUACAUAGUGAAGGUGCAACUUCAAAAAAGUCUGCAGAGGAUUUUAAAACUUUAAGAUCUAGUCAAAGAAAAUUCUCAAAGGAAAAAGACAGUUCCCCAGGUUUUAGAACAGAGCUGAACAAGUCAGACAGUAGUGAGGAUGAUACCUUUCCCUACAAGAGUCAGGAGAGUAACACCUUCCUCAGUAAUGAAAUGGAUGACUUUGAUGAUCCACUGGAUGAUAUCUUUGGUCCAGAGUGUGGUCCUGAGAUGGAGGAAUUGCCUGGCUUGUAUGAUCCUGAGGAAUGCCAUGCCCCUUUUGAAAAUUUAAGUGCUGCCUCCUUACCUACAGACCCUCAGACUCUAUUUGAAGAACACAUGCACCAUUGUCCUGCAGCUGUAGCCAAACACCAUGUAUGUUGCAAUUGUAACCAGUUUACAAAGAAUCAACAUAUGCUAUAUGAGUUGGUAAGAACAGAGGGGUUAGAAAUGCAUGAUGUUGUCCCAGAUGGAAAUUGUAUGUUCAGAGCUAUCAUUGACCAGCUGAGAAUGCAGGGGAUAAUAACCAUGACAUGUAAUGGUAUCAGACAAAUGGCCGUAGAAUAUUUACGUAAUAAUCCCCUCCAGAAUGACGGCACUCAUCUGGAAGAUUUCUUUGUGGCUGCAGAUGAAUCAUGGGAAGAGUUCUUGAGAAGAAUGUCUAAAGAUGGUGAAUGGGGAGACCAGAUUGUACUCAGAGGACUAGCUGAGGUUAUUGAUAGAGAGAUUUGCAUCAUAAGUACAUUUGGUGAUUCACAUAAUCAGACAACCAUUACACCUCAAGGUCCUUACAAGGUCAAAAAGAUAUAUUUGGGACAUGUCAAUGAUCAACAUUACUACAGCUUAAGACCAAAAGGCUGGCACGAAAAGUGGUAUAAAGAGACAAGAAAAAUACAGUCGGAACACAAAAUCAAUAAUGCAGCUAAAGACAAAGACAAUCAAGAGAUUAUUGAAGAGGAGUCACUGCAUAUGGAUAAAUUAACGUCACCAUGUAGACCAAGUAAACUAAUAAAUUGCAGUUACCAGUUAACUGAUGAAUACAGUCAUGUUCCAGUUUUUCACUUGAAUUUCAUUAUUGAAAAUGUGCUGCCAGAAAGCAACAUUUAUACCCCAUAUCGCUAUCAUGGCGGCCGAGAUUAUUUAGUGACAAGUGCAACCACAAAAAUCUUUGAGAUAGCAGGCAGUGUUGAAGAAGGUCUAUCUGUAAAUUUAUAUUCAAUUAGUCUUCAGAACGAUCGAUCAAUGGGAAACGAAAGCCUAAACACAAUCAAAGCAACUAGUUUUCCAAAUUUGUAUCAGCAAAAUGGUAACUUCACUUUGGUUUUUAAAGAAAACUUUUUGGAAUUAAAUGGUGAAGUUAUUGUAAUUGACACUGAAAAUAGCUCUCCAGGAUAUGCAGUCUUGAAACUAGGAAUAAAUCACCCAAAAAAGUAUUUUAAGAAGGUUGAUGGAUCCUAUUGCCUUUCAAAUGUAUACUUUCAACCGGAUCCAAAGAAAAUAAAUAUACCACACUCUAAAAAUCCCCAUUUACCUUUCCAAAAAGCAUGCAGUUAUAAAUGGUACUAUGGAAAAUGCCCAAGGUGGCCAAAAGAAGCAGAUGAAUGGGUUUCAAGAGAGAGGCCAAGUGGUUGGCCUGACAUUACAUUAGUUAAAAAGACAACCAAAGUGCCAUGUGUUCUGACACCUAUAGGUCAUUUGCUCAGCACAAAACCUGACAUCGAAUGGAUGUUUGAUUUUUCAUUCCCUGAGAAGUUCCUUUUGAAAGAUAAUGUAACAAAAGAUAAGAAAUAUUGCUUUCAUGUGUUCAAACUGUUAAUAGACUAUCAUACAGGGCGGAGAAAAGAGUUAUCAACUUUUGUUCUUAAGACCAUUUUCCUGUACACGUUAGAAGUUAUUCCUAGUCAACAAUGGGAAGUUUGUCCAUCAGCCUGUGUAUUGUAUUUGAUAGAAACUUUACUGUUAAGCCUAAAGGAAGGGAAAAUACCCCACUACUUCAUUCCUGAAAACAACAUCAUUUCACACUUAGAUGGCAGUGUGUUGUAUAAGUUGAUUGAAAAAGUAAAUGUUGUCCGUGAAUUUCCUAUCAUGUCUGUUAUUCUGAUGGCAGAAAGUCAUGGUCUUAUGACAACAUAUGCCACAGAUCAGAUUAUUGAUGAUUUAAAUCAUUUAUCCGAUCAUAACAAUAUUCAUGAUUCAAUGCUCAAUACAUUUAUACCUGCAUACUCUAAGAUCGCUGUCACAUCCCUAAGCCUGAUGAAGUUCCGUCAAGCUGUUGCAGCAGUGACCACUGGAUAUAGAAUGCUCCAGGAACUUCCGAGUUGUAGUGAUGGCAGUGGUCAUCCUUAUGGGGAUUUAACUCUCGAAGCAUUCAUUAAAGAAGCAACUGGACAAUCUGGACUGCAUUUUUAUCAAGUUUGGUGGCUUUGUUUCUUUGUAGAUCUUUACAAGAAAGAAAAUACUUUACCAUCAUUCAUUCAUAGCAACCCUUUUAAGAAAAUCUCUGAUAUGAUGAGAGAUUGUCCUCCAGGUGACCUUGAUAAUGUCUCUGUACCAAACAUUGUACUUCAGUCUUAUCGUUACGAACAUGAUUACAAGUCUAUGCAUGAUAUUUAUUUUAUGAUACAAUUGUGUGUGUUUUUAUUGAAUGAGGGUGAAUAUAGCCUGGCUGCUCACUAUUGUAGAGGAUUGAUCAGAAUGAUGACCGCCAUUAUGAACGAUACCGAUGCAAUCAUGGCAGAAAUUUUGCAAGGUCAUCAAUUCAGACAAGGAAUGGAUACUAAAAUUGAUUAUCUUGUGCAAGCCUAUGUUACUGCAGUAUCAGCUAAUUUAUCUAACGCGUUGUAUAAUCUAUAUAAAUGUUACCUCUAUCAAGGUCAGCCUGAAUAUUUUCAGGAGUAUGUUGACCAGUUUGACUCGGUUUGUAAUAGUUUAGCCACUCCAUCAGCGUUUCAUCUAUUAGCAGAUGUGUGGAAAGUGUUAGGCAAUAAACAUAAAAUGAAAGAAGCAUUAGAAAAACAAGAUAGUUUAAAGGCUUAUAGUUAAUUAAUUGAAAGUUCAAGCUUAGAAAUUUUUAAAUGGGUGUUUGCAUUAUUUUAUUGACCAUCCAUAUUUGGACAGUAAAAGGUGCUUUAAUUUUUAGCUCACCUGGCCCAAAGGGCCAAGAAAGCUUUUCUCAUCACUUGCCGUCCCGCGUCCGUCGUCUUCGUUGUUAACUUUUACAAAAAUCUUCUCCUCUGAAACUACUGGGCUAAAUUUAACCAAACGUGGCCACAAUCAUCAUUGGGGUAUCUAGUUAAAAAAAUGUGUGCCGUGACCCACCAAACCAACCAAGAUGGCCGCCAUGGCUAAAAAUAGAACAUAGGGGUAAAAUGCAGUUUCUGGCUUAUAACUCAAAAACCAAAGCAUUUAGAGCAAAUCUGACAUGGAGUAAAAUUGUUAAU